AAAUACUAACGUGACAUGUGACAGCAUCUUAAUUUUUAACAGCAUUGGUUCGAUUCUUAGCUAAAAAAAAUGUUCAAAGUAUAUUUAAGCGGUCGCUAUGCGGUCAUACUAAUUGCAUUUCUUGGGGGAGGAGGCGUUAACUUGCGAAUUAAUGACUAUAACUAAAUAAAAUAAGAACUGAAGCCCCAAAAAUGGACUCCACUGCCACUCGCACCCUGCCGUUCGUGUACAAGUACAAAAAUCAUGAAGGCCAAGACUGCGAGUCUCGGCUAAACAUAACUUUUCCUUUUGACCAGGAGAAUUUGGAGGAGUGUGUGACCCAGUUAAUGGCUCCAUCCCAGAUGGAUCCAAUGAUGCGGUAUUUGGACGAGAAUAUCAAUUUGGAAAAGCAGUUGCAGGAGUUUGUGGACAUCGAGCAACAGAAGUUCCUAGAUGACCAAGCUGAAAAGCUUCUGAAUCAGGCGGCCAAUGAAGAACUGGACAUCGAGGCCAUAGUGCGGGACACGGAAAGGCUGUAUAAGGAGGAACUAUUACAGUUUGCCGACCGCGUUGGUCCCAGCGAUGCAGACAUAUUCGCCCAAAGCUUCCACAGGCUGGUUCACUCCUCGUCCCUGGAGGACAUCCUCAAGCGGGAGCGAACCUAUGCCAAGGUUGUGUCCGACAUGACCGAACACAUGGACAACGAGGUGGAGACUCUGAACAACUCUCAGCAACAGGAGAUGGAUAGCCAAAUCAAUCAGUUGGAUAUCACCACCACUUCAGAGGAUAUCAAUAACCUGCUGGCCCAGCAGUACACCACACAGAAUUACGUGCGCAAACGUUACGAGUCCGAACUGGAGGCAAUGAUGGGUCAUCAGAAGAACGAAUAUCGUGAUUGGAUCACCAGCCAAGUUAGCCAGAUGUUUCAAGUAUCGCCGGUGGCUACGCCAUUGGGAAAUCGUUCCUCGAUGUUCGUCUCGCAACAACCUUCAAUGGAAGAGAGCUUCACCAUUCAUCUGGGAUCUCAACUAAAGCAUAUGCACAACAUUCGUAUACUCAGUGCUAAUGUCACGGAGCUCUGUAGUCCGCUGCACGCCGAGGAGAGUCUCAAUGGCCUCAACAUGGCUCUGGGACUGUAUUCAAGCUCUUUGUGCGGUGUCGUCGUGUUGACUCCUUCGAUUCAGGUCCAGCCCAACAAGAAUAUAAUUAAGAAUGCCAACAAAUCCACCGAGUUCCACUUUGAGCAGAUGGAUGUUCAGCUGGAGAAUAUUGACAAGCAGAUUAAGAAUCUCAGCACUGGAGAUUCGAGUGGCAGCAGUAACAGUAACAGUAGUGCAGAGGGCAGUGCAACACCCUCGCCGACCAAGAAGAGCGUACCGAGACUGAAAACGGGAGACUUCUUUAUUACCAAGCAUUCGAAUCUGUCUCAAACACAUGUUAUAUUCCACCUAAUUUCCGACGAGCCUAUCAACAGUCCAAGUGAAAUCAACUCUCGGCACCCGGUGAUCUUGGGCUUAAGGAAUAUACUGAAGACAGCCAGCAGACAUGAUAUAACCACUCUGACCAUUCCGGCAUUGCUUCGCCACGAGAUGAGCGAGGACAUGACCGUCCAGUGGUGCAUCCGAAGGGCGGAACUGGUUUUUAAGUGUGCCAAGGGAUUUAUGAUAGAAUCUGCAUCUUGGGGAGGAGCUGAAUUAAGCACCUUGCAACUGCUACUGCCUGAUGACAUAUCGGAGAGCUUGUUCACCACUCUGGCGGGAAUGGUGCCCAGUGUUUUCCAUGUGGCCAAUCCUAAAAUACUUGUGGACACCAGCAAGUAGACUGCGUACACAUUCCUCAAAUAAUAUUAAAAAAGACUUUAAAAUUA